UUGAAAUGCGACGCGCUCUCGCCUGACCCCAACCCGAACCCCGAACCCAGCCCCGGUCCAGUUCAGCCCACAGGGGUUCCGAGGCCUCUCAACAGUCGUGAAACUGAAGUUUGUUUCUCUGCAGCUCGAUAUUUGGGCUACCAAUCCCCCCCGUGCCGAGGCGGACUGCAGUGCUGGUAAACGUGCUGGUGUGUGUCUGCGUCGCUAGGAGAUCAUGCCCAUGGUGCUGCGGUCCAGGCGGCCCGGCCAGGCGGACGGGCUCGGGUUACAGGAGCCCCGGAGAGGCUCGGCCCGCCUGCAGCCCGACGGAUACUACUACGAGGACGAGGAGUCGGACGAGUCCGAGUCUGAGUCGGUCCCGGGCGGAGUGAUGGAGAGACGAGAGCUGGAGGAGGAAGACGCUGCCGAGCACAACGAGCGGACGUUUUGUCUUCAACAGGAACUGAAGGAGUGUAGCGUCGUACUGGAUCGGCUCCAUGGUGACGACAGAUUUCUAAGAAGAGAAGCUGAGGAAAAAGAAGACAUGAGCCGCAAAGGUGGAAAACUCGUCUCCCGAAUUCCCACUUUCCAGAAACGAAGCCCCGGCACUGGUCAAAACACGGAAACGCCUGUUCCCAAGAAAGAUACUCCGCCCCCUGAGACGGCAGCCAGUGCGAGCGUGGAAACUUUGAAGAGCCACCCCCCUGAAAUCAGAGAGACUGCAGUCCCUCAGCCAUCGAUCCGGGGCCCCAAAAUGAGCCAUGAAGCCCUUUCUAUGUUCAGCGGAGACCCGAGUCCAGCAGCAGGUCGCACCUCUGUAUUUACUGCACUUGGAAGCUUUGGAGCACCAGAGUCUCUUCAGUAUCCCCUUAUGGCUGCGAGUCCCAGACCUGCAAUCAGGCCAGAGCAAGACACGAGCACGACCUCUGAAACGGAAGCUGUUGCCGUGCCAGACGUCUCGACGGGCUACCUUCGUGACGAGGGCUCCCUCAUUCAGACGCCACAGGAAAACACAUGGAAUACCGUCACUGACUCUGGAGAUGUCAGCACGCCGGCAGGGAGCGUUCACAAAAGUGAUACCAGCCAAGUGGAGGCUAUCAUGGAUGAGGAACCCCCGUGGGAGGCAGAGCCCAUUCAAAUGGAUGAUCUGAAGGACAGUAGGUCUUCAUCAGAUGCUGAGAGUGAGGAUGGUUUCCCAGGUGAUAAAUCUGAGAGCCACGACUCAGAACAUCACGAUUCAGCUGUUACCCAAUCAGAUCUUCCGGAUCUUGCAGAGGAAACAGAAACGGUUGAUGAAUCCACCUGUCCCCCAGCACCGGAGGACGUUACAAAAGCGAGCUCAGCCAAGUCAACAGAGAAGUCAGGAUCCUCCAGCUUUGCCUGCCUCUGCUUCCUGCCCAUGACUUUGCUGCUUCUUGGAGGCUUCGGUCAGCAUAUUUGGCGCUAUGGGCUGCCCAAUUCUGUGUCCCAGCUCACGGGCCAGCUGGAACUACACUGGCUGGAAGGCUUUGGCUUGGUACCAGAGCCCUGUAGCACAGAGUGUCGGGUGCGUCUGGUAGAAAGCAUCCCGGCGGGCCUGUACCCGUCCUCUCCCUCGUCCAGGCUGAGCAUAGCAGACAGCUGGCUGCAUCUGCUGGACAAGGCCAACAGCUCCGUCCACAUCGCUGCUUUCUACUUCUCACUGCGAGACAGCGACCUGGAGUUUACCGACCCCUCCGACUCUCAGGGACGACAAGUGUUUGAGCGACUCAUGGAGCUUGAAGCCAGAGGCCUGAAGCUGCAGGUUGCCGUCAACGCACCCCAGACCUCAACCCAGGACACAGCAGAUCUGGCUGCAACCGGAGCGGAGAUCAGAGAGGUGGACCUCAAGGCCAUGACUGGGGGCAUCGUCCACACCAAGCUCUGGGUGGUCGACCAGAAGCACCUGUAUUUGGGCAGCGCCAACAUGGACUGGCGCUCCCUCAGCCAGGUGAGGGAGGUGGGCCUGCUGGUGGAGGACUGCAGCUGCCUGGCCCAGGACGCCUCUCGGAUCUUUGGGGUAUACUGGGGCAUCGGGGGGGUGAACGGGUCCAUACCUCCAUACUGGCCUGCUCGACUUUCUGCCCUCUCCAGCGCGGAGGAGCCGCUGCAGCUGAAGCUCAACGGAGUCCCUGCUCAGGUCUACCUCUCUAGUGCUCCUCCACAAAUCUCAGCCCGCGGGCGCUCUGACGACCUUUCCACCAUACUGUCUGUCAUCAACGACGCCCAGGAGUUCAUCUACAUCUCCGUCAUGGACUAUCUCCCACUGUCUCCCUACACAAACCCUCCCAGGUUCUGGGCCGCCAUCGACACAAACCUGCGCGAUGCUGCAUGUGCCCGAGGCGUGCAGGUCAGACUGAUGGUCAGCUGCUGGGAGCACUCGCCGGCCUCCAUGUUCACCUUCCUGCAGUCCCUGCUGGUGCUCAGCCGGCCCCCCCUCAAGUGUGCCAUGGACGUGAGAGUCUUCACCGUGCCCUCGACGGCGGAGCAGAUGAAGAUCCCCUUUGCCCGAGUCAAUCACGCCAAGUACAUGGUCACAGACAGAGUGGUCUAUAUAGGAACGUCUAACUGGUCGGAGAACUACUUCACCCAGACCGCCGGCGUGGGCCUGGUGGUGAACCAGACGGGCUCGGCGGUGACCGGAGACCAGCGGACUCUGCAGAGCGAGGUCCGGGAGCUCUUCCUCCAGGACUGGAGCUCCCAGUACGCCCGCGCGCCCUCCAUCGACGACGUGAACGUCUGUCCCCGCGCGCGCUGACGGGUCACUGCAUGGGGGACUGACCCGAGCCUCGUGCUUGCUCCUGCUCCUGCCACCUGACCUGCGCUUUUACCUGCGCAGGUUCAGUUUGCUGUAAACAAAUACUUGAUUUUAAAGCUGCCACCUGUUUUGUUGCUAUUGGCAUUCUGUAUAUAAUUGCGUUUUUGUAUUUAGGUUCUAAAUCUUUACUUUUUAUACUUUUGUCUUUUGUUUGUUUAAUUAUUUUAUUUGUGUUAUUAUUUUUCAUACGAGUUCAAAUGUAGGAAAGCUUGCUGUGCACCUUUUAUGCCUGGAGCAUUUCUGUGUUUUAGGGAAUCAGAUUUGAAGAGGUGAAGUUAGAAUCACGCGAGCAGCUUGAGCCGCGUGUAAUGAAGGCCUUCCUCAGGACGUGUCAGCAAAGCGAUCAAAGGUUUUGGUGAAAGCCUUCACCUCUCCGUUCCUCGCUGACGGCUAGCUUACCAAAGCCCAGUUUGAAUGUGGGGAGAGAAGUACCAACCAAACAAGCAGCUGUUUCUGUGUACAUAAAGUUAGCUCCUGCGAGUAGUUCUGUGUUCAGUACUGGCACAUUAUGCGUCAAAAUGAAGUUGUUUUCUAAGCUUGAGUAGAAAUAAUAAAAAUUAAACUUG